AUAUUCCGAUAUCUGUCUGGCCUGGCAGUGAGUCAACUGCUGGCGUGCGUGUCCCUCAUCCCAAGCAUCCUGCACAUAGACAGGGACGCCCUCACGUACGCGUGGGCGUUUUAUUACGCACACUUUGAAAUUUUGAUCGUAAACACGCCCACUGCGAGCUGCGUAUACAUUCUGGUCGGUCUAUCCGUCGACCGAUACGUGGCGGCGUGUCGGCCUAGCACCUUCCGCAAGGUAUCCACGCCGAAGAUGGCUACAGUUCGAAUCACAUUAUCAUUGAUUCUGCCACUUCUUUUUUACGUACCUCACUGCUUCUUGGCAGAAGCUGUCUGCAACAAACAAGGGACAGGGUGGAAUAUUAAGUCAAAUGGGACGGAAGAGUUGGUAGCGUGGCAAGUGUGGGCUUGGAUUGUGGAGUUAUGUCAUCGACUUCUUCCUUCACUAUUCAUCGUAAUCUUCAACGCAAAAGUUAUCCUCAAAGUCCGCAAGGUAAAUAAACAAUUUCGUGAUAAGAAUUCAGUAAACAGACAACCAUUAAGAGACUCUAAGUUGAGUAAAAAAUUUAGCUUGGAGCCAUCACACGAACCUAUUCAAGAAAAACCAGGAAACCAAGAUGGCAUCCGUGAACCACCAGACAACCAAUAUGGCGUCGAAGAUCGAACACGUCAUUUGUUAGCUGGUAAGGACACCGCAGUGAUCGUCAAGGCUCAAGUUGAGGAACAUAAAAUUCCUUCUAAGGAUACUCUACGCUAUUCUUCAAAGGACAGCAUCAGGAACGUCAAGGGCCACCAGAAACGAGACCAAUUAGAGAAAAAAUUAUCGAACUUGCUCCUCGCCAUCAUCGUUGUCUUCCUCGUCACGACCUUGCCGGCCGCACUGCUGGCCCUUUCCGACAACAGCGACUCCGACUUCGAGUCUUUCGGUUAUGAGAUUUUUCGUGGUGUGGCCAAUAUGACAGAGCUCGUUGGUUUCUCAGCGAAUUUCGUCCUCUACUUCAUCUUCGUGAGCGAAUUUCAAGAUUGGCUGCAGGCGGCAUGCAUUGGCAGAGCUCGUCGGCGGCUCCAUCUGUCGGAGCCAAAGCCACCUGAGGCGAACGAAGAUGAACGUCUGGCUUUCAGUACUGUAAUGCAUUGAAUUAUUAUAGCAUUAAUUAUUAGUUUUUACGAAAAAAAUCUUCAUUAAUCAUGUACGAAAUGCGGCUGAUAUAUAAUUAUCUUGGAAUGGAAAGUUGAAAAUAAAUUCACGCACGUGAAGGACUGUACAAAUAU